AUGAACGGACACGCGCACGACACACGGCCUGCGCCGCCGCCGCCACCGCCGCCACCAGCAGCGUCCGGAUCCGCACAGGCAGCGCCGGCCCCAUCCAAAGCCGCCAAGGCGGCACGUCGACAACCAACAGUUGCGUCAAAUGAAGCGUCGAAGCUUGUCGCCCAAAAGAUUGCGCAAUUGGAGCUAGACCAAGCGGGCGAGAAGGACCAGGAGCUCGAAAUAGAGAAGGAAGUACGAAAAGCGAACCGAGAGCUGAAUAGCCAGACAGCCAAGAUGGAUGCAGUACAAAAGGCGGAUCACUUGUCUCGACGCUGUACAGAGCUUCUGCACGAGAUGAAACGACAUGAGCGCGAAAGCCUCAAGAACAAGAAGCGCGCCGACCAGCUACAAAAAGACCGCGACCAGAGCCGAACCGAGUUCAGCAAGGCGACGAGCUUGAAGGAGAAGCUGGAGAAGCUGUGCCGUGAACUGCAGAAAGAGAACAACAAGCUAAAGAACGAGAACCGGACUUUGAAAGCCAACGAAGUGUCCAAUCUGAACUCGUGGGACCAGAAGUACGCGACACUGCUCCAGAAGCUCGACGACCUGCAAGAGGAGAAGGACCACCCGAAGAAGCACGUGGUAGACGUUGAGCUCGACGAAUUGUUCCGGCAGCGGUUCAAGUCGAUGAUCGACCAGUACGAGCUCCGCGAACUGCACUUCCACUCGCUGAUGCGGACAAAAGAGCUGGAAGUGCAGUACAACAUGGCCCGGUUCGAACGCGAGCGGAAACGAGCCGAGGCGGAGGUGGCGCUCUCCCAUCGACUCAACGAGCAGGUGCAGGACCUGAGCCGAUCCGAAGCGAAGAUGCAAGCCGAGAUGAAGUUGAUCCUUGAAAAAAUCGAACAAGCCGGCCUGCCACCAUGA